GAUGGAUGUCAGCAGCCGGCUCCAGGUAACCCUGCAGCAGGGGAGCAUGUGUCCGAUCUGUGUGUUGCAGAGCUGCAGGGCAAAAUCCAGCAAUUUGAAGCUGCCAACAAGUUGUUACAGGAAAAGCUGAAUGAAUUGAAUUUUGAAUUAAAAUCUGUCCAAGAAACAUCACAGAGGCAAGAUCGUACAAUCCAGAGUCUGAAUGAGGCCCUGAAGAGCAAAGAGAGUAAGACAGAAGAGCUGUACCGUAUCAUCGAAGGGCAGAAUGAGACAAUGGCCAAGCUGCGGGACAUGUUACACAGAAGCCAUCUGGGACAGUUGCAGAUGUCAGAGAGUCCACUCUCAUCUCACGAGCAGCAAAUGUCACUGCUAGAUCUUCAAAACACGCUUUUCUGCACCAAGCUGGAGGUGCAGCAACUGAAAAGAGCUCAGCGCCAGAAAGAGCAUCAACUGGCUGAAGCCAGGAAAGCAACCCAGCUCCUAGAGACCAUGGUGCAUGAGGAAGAGCAGCAGAAAGAGGCAACCUGGAAACACAACCAGGAGCUGCGUGCUGUGGUACAGCAGCUGCAGGCAGAGCUGCAGGACAAGGCACAGCAGCUCCAGACUGUGGAAUGGGAGAAAUGCCGUGAGCUGCAGGCCCAGGAGCAGAGAGUUCAGUGUUUGAGUCAGCGUCUGGCUCGCAAGGAGCAGCUUCUGCAGGAAUCGAGGGAGCUUCUGCAAUGCCAGCAAGGCUUGGACAAGAGCCCUGCAGCCAUGAAUGCCAUGUUGGAGAAACUGCAACAGCGAGUCAGCGACAGGGAUGCUGCUCUGGAGCGAGCAGUAGAUGAGAAGUUCUGUGCUCUGGAGAAGAAGGAGCAAGAGCUGCAACAGCUCCAUCUCUCAAUAAGGGAGCGUGGAAGUGACCUUGAGAGGCUGCGCAAUGUCCUAUCCAGCAAUGAAGCCACCAUUCAUAGCCUGGAGAGCCUCCUGAAAGCCAAAACCCUGGAACUAGAGCAGGUGUCAGCAACGUGCCAAAACCUCCGCUGGCUGAAGGAGGAGAUCGAGGCCAAAUCCUGCAGCAGGCAGAAGGAGCAGGAGGGGAUCAUUCAGCAGCUGCAGACCUGCCUGCAUGACAGGAACAAGGAAGUGGAGGAGCUUACAGCAACUCUGCUGUGCAAGCUGGGCCCAGGGCAGAGUGAGGUAGCAGAGGAGCUGUGCCUGCGUCUCCAGCACAAGGAGAAAAUGCUGCAGGAUCUCCUCAGUGACAGGAACCAUCAGACUAUGGAGCAUGAUUCUGAAAUCCGGGAGCUGCUGCAGGCCGUGAGCACCAAGGAGCAGCAGAGCAGAACGGCUGCUGAGAAGAUGGCGCACGCUUUGGCUGAAAGGAGCUGCGAGUUACAACUCCUACGCCAGCAUGUGUUGGGGAAGGAGCCUGUCGCGACCCAGCCAGCUGGUGCCAGGCUGUUGAAGCAGGACAAACAGCCCAUACAAGAAAUAUUGCAAAGAGCUGCUGGAGGUACAGCCAUUGCCGGACCCCCACAGGGAGACAGCAGCUGCAGGACAGAGGGAGUUAUGACGUCAGCAGCAGAACUGGAGAAGGAUCUUGUUAAUGCGAAAGAGGAGCUGGAGCUAAUGGCAAAGAAGGAAAGGGAAAGCAGGCGGGAGCUCACUGCUCUCCAGUCUGUUGUGGCCACACAGGAGGAAGAGCUGCAGGUGCAGGCCUCGGAUAUAGAAUCCUUGACCAGGACCAUCGAGAUCAAAGAGGACCUCAUCAAGGAUCUGCAGAUGCAGCUGGUGGAUCCCGAAGAAAUUCCAGCCGUAGAAAGGCUGACACAAGAAGUGCUGGUGCUUCGGGAGAAAGUGGCCAUAGCAGAGUCACAAGGACAAGAGGCUACUGGAAACAGAAGGCAGCAGUUGUUACUGAUGCUGGAAGGGCUGGUGGCUGAAAGGAAUCGGUUAAAUGAGGCUCUCCAGGCAGAGAGGCAGCUCUACGGCAGCCUGGUAAAGUUUCACACGCACCCAGACAGCGCUGCGAGAGACCACACUCUGCAGGUGGAGCUGGAGGGGGUCCAGGAGCUCCGGGGACAGCUGGAAGAAGCUCUUGAAAGAAGCUUGGAGCGUUUGAGCAGGCUGGAGACGCAGGGCACCAUAGGAGGUGGGGAACAGGAGCGUGUGAGAGUCCUACCCCAGCAUGCCUUCUGAGCACUGGUGCUCACCCGCCUGCCACGGAAAUGGUUCACUAACCGAGCGAGCCUGUCUCACUGACUCUGGGAGGGUUGCUUUGGUACUUGGUAAUGGUACGAUAGAAGUGGCGCAGGGCUUUUUUGUUUCACUUUUUAGCUGCUUCGGAAACGGUGAUCAGUGCAAUCCACCUGUGUCUCAUGUAUGUUCCUGUCUGACCCACCCUGGUGGUUACUGAUGUAUUUGCACAUUCAAAUCAUUCCAUUUUAGUUGAUUUCCCUCCAUCUCCCUUCUCUUCCCACCCCCACGGGCCAAAUAAAGAUUCCCUUUCUCUGAAGGAAACACCAAAUGUUCUCUAUCAUC